GUGUCCAGCACUAAGCAGCAGCAACAACAACAACUCUUGUGAAAAGUCGGCAGAGAAAUGCAACGCAAGAUUAACUAAAUUUCCAGCGAAAAACCACAAAAAGGAAAACAUUCACAAAAACAACACACAAACAAGAAUAACAGCAACAAGAGCAACACACAAAGCGAACAACCAAAACAGCAAAUACAACAAAAAUAAUUCAACGGCGGCUGGCAACAAAUUUUAAAUGGCCAAUGGCAAUGCGAACAAUAUCAAAACGGACGAUGCUGCAGCUGCCCCAGCAACAACAACAACAACAGCUGCUGCUGGUGCAGCUGCCACACAGGAGACAGGCGCUGCAGGCAGCGAGGCUGUUAAGCAGCUGCGAGCGGAAAAUCUAAACGAUUUGGUUGCCGAUUUGUGGCUCAAUGAUUACACAAAUAUACGUGCAACAGGGGCAGCUGCAACGGCAACAGCACCAACAACUACAACUGCUGCUGCUGCUGCUGCCACAAGCAAUUCGAAUGCGACAACAACAUCAACGUUCUCCUUUAAGCACUUUUUAUCCAGCAGCAGCACAAUAACAGCGCCAAGCAGCACAGUCACCUCACUGGACCCGGCGUGUGGCACAGGCAACAGCAGCAGCAACAGUUGCAACAACAGCUGCAGCAACACGAACAGCAGCACAACAGCAACAACAAUAACCACGCUGCCUAAAUCGACUGGGGCACGUCCAAAGGUGCCACAAUCGGCGUCUGAUUUAAAUGGCAGCUCCAAAAUGAAACGUUCGCCACGCUUCAGCUCGUUUGACUCGCAGGCGAGUCUCGCCGAGUAUGCGGCAUGUGGCAGCAACACGAGCUCGAUGCGUCUGCGACCCGAUCUGCGUCUGCUGCACGAUGCAGAUGUACACAAUGAUGAUGUUGGCGUCGUCGACGAUGAUGAUUACGAGCACGCGGGCUUGGCUCAAAUGCGCAACAGUCGCCUCUACGAUGAACGCAACGAUGAUGAUAUAUUUCCCAGCAAGCUGCAUGCCUCAUCGUCUUCGUCGUCGCGUUAUGUGCCCCGCUCGUAUUCCAGCAAUGAUAUGCCACCUUCUUGUCCCGCUUCCUCGCCACGUCGUCGUGCCGCAUUGCGUCCAAAUCGAUUGGUUUUAUCAACUGCGGCUGCUGCUGCUGCACCCAAAAUGAAGCUGGAUCUGCCGCUGGACACAGCGUCGUCCUCGGCAUCGGCGCUGCCCGAUUUCGUGCAGGAUCAUUUGACGGAGGCUUGGUGUCCGCAGUCAGAUGCCGCAGCUCAACUCAGCUCGCCGCCAAAUUCACCAGCCGAGAUCAAUUGUAACAGCAGCGCAGGAGCUGCUGCUGGUGGCAACAAUGCACUGCUGCUGCCUGCCUCAGGCUUGCCCAGCAAUAGUAGCAGCAGUGGCAACAACAAUGUCUCCUCCAUGCCCGCCCAGCUGCCAGCAGGGAGCAACGAGGCAACUGCUUGCAGCACUGGGAAAAUGCUGCCCGAUUUUCUGUCGGAUGGCCCCAUUCUGCAUUCGUCGCAGCGUUUGGCCGAUGUCGCCAUUGGUCUGCCCUCAAAUCCGAUGAUUGACUCGCCGCCGCAGGACAGCACGGACAACAACAGCAGCUCGCUGCGUCAGCAGAACGAGCAACUGCAGCGCGAUCUGCAAGAGACACGCCUCGAGCUGAGCGUCCAAUCGCGUUCCGCCCACGAAUUUGAGCAGCAACUUUUGGCUCUGACGGAUGCGAGGCGCAGGGAGACUCAGGCAGCCGCCACGCAAACCCAGAACAUGCAACGGCUGCGGCGACAGGUGGCGCAACUUGAGGCGGAGCUUUUUGCGCUGCGCGGCGGCGGCGGAGGAGGCAGCAGCGAUUUGGGUGGAGGCGCCGCAGUAUUGACUCCAGGCAGCAGUCACAGCACCACAAGCAGCAACACAUCGCGUCCGUCCAGAACACAUCAAUUGUCGCGGGACUUGCUGCGUGCCGCCGACAAUGCCGAACAGAAUCUGAGACAAUUGCUGGUUGGUGUGGAUAAUUUACGACAGAUGGCGGCAAAUUUGGAGCAGCCAACGGCGCCAGCUGCAACGCCACGCAGUCCCAGUUCCGAUCCGUACACUGAAUUUAAAUAGGUUGCAGUUGCAAUGUUGUUCUUUAUGUGCGCUGUGUGUGUGUUUGAUGUG